GACUGUUGUGGAUAUGGAAAAAAAAAAAUGGACAAUUUAGCACGCACAUUCAUCAUUCAUAUCCCGACGGGAAGACCUGCCCCUUACACGCGGAAUUGAGUCGCAAAUGCCCGGCCGUGGUGUGAAGAGGAAACUGACCAGAGAGCGGGAGAGCGUCGCUCGUUACCCGGAGAGGCCCUGCAGACAGCAGUCGCGCCAGGCACCAUGAGGCAGCAAGCUUGGCCUGAGAGAGCGGAGAAAUCACCCUUCAUCACUCUCAACUGGACUGGGCAGGGGAGGAAAUGCACACAGAAGCAGCAGCAGCAGAGGCAGGCUAAUACACUCAUCUGAGAGUACAGUGGAGAGCAAAUGGGGAAGGCAGGAAGAGAUUGAGAGAGGGGAGUAAGUAACUCAGAUUUCAUCAUCAUAAAUGGCAAAGUGGACUGGGCUGCACUCAGAGGCAGGGAUGCCCUUGUUAAUGCAUUGUCCUCCGUUAGAAGCUCCUUGUUAGAAAUCACAAAUCGGUCCCCCGCCCCUGUGAGGCUACUGAGCUGAGGGGCUGAGGAGAGGAAAAAGAGAGGACGAGAGAGACAGACCAGAAAAAAGAGACUGUGACAGGCCCCCAUGCAGGCGCGUAAGAAGUAUGUUCUGCUGGGCUUGUGUGCGUGCUGCUGGCUGGUGCUCUUUUAUUGGGGUGGAGGAGUCCAGCUGCGCCUGCUUCGCCUGCUGACGCGGCACAGAGGGGAAGUGGUUCGCCCCUGGCCCAAUUGGACUGACAAAGCUUUCCUGCCCCGCUAUGCCCACCUGGAUGAGCUCCAGACGGACCCCGGGACAGCCGAGUCACCCCGCCAGCGCCGCCAGGCAUGGUCUGCCAUUUAUAAGGACAGUCGCUGCCGCAUGGAGACCUGUUUUGAUUUCUCUCGGUGUCGCCGCAGAGGAAGAGAAGGAUUCAGGGUGUAUAUUUAUCCAUCGGAGAAAAAUGAUCGGGUGUCGGAAAGCUACAGGAAGAUCCUGACGUCCAUAGGCGAGUCGCGAUACUACACAUCCGAUCCUCGAGAAGCGUGUCUGUUCGUGCUCGGGAUAGACACCUUAGAUCGGGACCAGCUGUCAGGACAGUUCGUGCCCAAUGUGGAUGAGAGGAUCCGUGGUUACCCGCUGUGGAAUGACGGGCGCAACCACCUGAUCUUCAACCUGUACUCGGGCACCUGGCCUAACUACACGGAGGACCUGGGCUUCAACAUCGGCCAGGCCAUCCUCGCCAAAGCCAGCCUCAACACGGAACAUUUCAGGCCAGGCUUUGACGUCUCCAUCCCGCUGUUCUCAAAGGACCACCCGCAGAAGGGUGGAGAGCGAGGCUGGCUGGUGAGGAACACCAUACCGCCGCGGAGGAAGUACCUCCUGAUGUUCAAAGGGAAGCGUUAUCUGACGGGCAUUGGCUCGGACACAAGGAACGCUCUCCACCACAUCCAUAACGGGAAGGACAUUGUGUCGCUGACAACGUGCCGACACGGGAAGGACUGGGAGAAGCACAAAGAUGCCCGCUGUGACCAUGACAACUUGGAAUAUGAAAGGUUUGAUUACCAGGAGCUCCUCCACAACUCCACCUUCUGUUUGGUGCCUCGAGGUCGUCGCCUGGGCUCCUUUCGCUUCCUAGAGUCCCUACAGGCGGCGUGUAUCCCGGUGCUGCUGAGUAACGGUUGGGAGCUGCCCUUCUCUGAUGUCAUACAGUGGAACCAGGCAGUCAUAGAAGGGGAUGAGAGAUUACUACUACAGGUGCCAUCCACAGUGAGAGCAGUGGGGAAUGAGAGAGUCCUGGCUCUCAGACAGAGGACCCAGAUGCUGUGGGAAGCUUACUUUUCCUCUGUGGACAAGAUAGUCCUCACCACACUGGAGAUUAUAAAAGACCGAGUUUUCUCUCACAUAUCGAGGAAUAAGUACAUGUGGAACUCCCUGCCAGGAGGUCUGCUGGUCCUGCCAGAGUACUCCACUCAUCUCGCACACUUCCCUUUCUACUAUCUGGGAUUAGGGGUCAGUCCAGGUCAGGAGUUCACUGCUGUCAUCCACGCCGUCUCUCCAUUGAUCUCACAAUCUCAGCCAAUCAUGAAGCUGCUUCAGGUGGUCUCCAAGUCAAAAUACUGCUCCCAGAUCAUCAUCCUCUGGAACAGCGAGAAACCGCCACCCAGCAGAAGCAAAUGGCCUCCCAUGCCCGUCCCCCUCACUGUGACAGACGGGAGGAGGAAGACAACCAGUCGGUUCCUACCUCAUGUUGCCAUAGAGACGGAAGCAGUGCUCAGUCUGGAUGAGGACACAGUCCUCCUGACCAGUGAGGUGAAUUUUGCCUUCCUGGUGUGGCGGAGCUUCCCUGAGCGGAUCGUGGGAUACCCUCCCAGGAGUCAUUUCUGGGAUCCCUUAAAGCGUGCCUGGGGCUACACCUCCAAGUGGACAAACGACUACUCCAUUGUCCUGACUGGAGCUGCCUUCUAUCACAGGUACUACCACUACCUGUUCUCCCACUACCUGCCUCAGUCUCUGCGGACUCUGGUGGAUCGCACCUCCAACUGUGAGGACAUCCUCAUGAACUUCCUGGUCUCUGCUGUCACCCAUCUGCCGCCAAUCAAAGUGGCUCAAAGGAAGCAGUACAAAGAGCUGCCCAGUCCAGGGGGCACGAAGAGCGUCCCCUGGGCCAACCCAGAGCACUUCAAUCAGCGGCAGGAGUGUGUCAACACCUUCGCCAACUGGUUUGGUUACAUGCCUCUGGUCCACUCUCAGUUUCGCCUGGACCCAGUGCUCUUCAAAGAUCAAGUGUCUGUCCUUCGCAAGAAAUACAAAGACCUGGAGAGGGCGUGAAAACAGCGGGAAAAAAUUAGGCUGUGGAGAGAUAUGAGGUCUUAUCUAGUGGCCUUUUAGAUAAGACAGUGAGACCAAUCAGUGGUGGGAGGUCGAGAUGUGGACAAUUAGUCCAUUUGUGGCAAGGACAGCGUACAAUCAUCAGACAGACCCUGGUGGACUGUUCUGGAUUACAUUACUAUAAAUAUGAAGAACAAGCCCACUGAAGUCUGAAAGGAUUCUCCCAACAUCCAUGAGUCUGGUGUGUCAAAGCAGGAGGAAAUUUAGGGGCCUUGAAAAAGUCCCUGUGAAAGGACAAUCUCUAUCGGACAGAGAAAAACAAACUUAUACGGAUGCCUCAUUUGACAGUGCAACUGCUGUGACAAUGAGAAAAGAAAGGCUAUCUCAUGCCAAAAGCACCUAAGGGACUUGUGUCGGUGCCAUGCACCCUUACUGUCAAUGUGUCUGAGCAUUACUGUGCAGGGACUGUUGCCAUGGAAACAGAUCAUUUCACAUUAAAAUGCUAACUGUAAAACCAAUAAAAUGAUUUAUA